AUGGAUUUAGUGAAUCACUUAGAAGGUAGAUUGCUAUUCGCAGUACCAAAAAAGGGAAGACUAUUACAAGCAGCACUCAAUUUGCUCGAAGGCGCCGAUAUUCAGUUUCGAAGAGAAUCAAGACUUGACAUCGCAUUGGUCAAAAACUUACCAAUUGCGCUCGUUUUCCUUCCCGCUGCCGACAUUCCUACGUUCGUUGGUGAAGGUCGAGUAGAUAUUGGUAUUACUGGACGGGACACAGUUGCAGAACAUGCCACAGGAGUCGAAACCGAGAGGAGAGUUAAGUCAGAAUCAGGAACAUCAACCCCUGUCGAAGCGGGCAAGGAAGAAGGAUGUGUAGAGAUAAUGGAUUUGGGAUUUGGUGCUUGUAAGUUGCAAGUACAAGUGCCAGAGAAGGGACCAUAUGCGAAGCCAUCAGAUCUCAUUGGAAAGAAUAUUGGUACCAGUUUCGUCAGUCUAUCUGAGGAAUUCUUCCGAGCGUUGGAAGCUGAGGCAGACGGUGGUGCCGUGUCCGGGCGCAAGUUGAAGACCAAGAUCAUCGAGCUCAGCGGCAGUGUUGAGGCUGCAUGUGCUCUUGGUGUCGCUGAUGGAAUCGUGGAUCUUGUUGAAUCUGGUGAAACCAUGAAGGCAGCAGGAUUAAAGGCUAUUGAUACCGUCGUCUCGAGUACAGCAAUUCUCGUGAAAUCCAAAAGACCCUCGAAUCCAGCAUUGGUAGAUCUUAUUGCUUCCCGUAUUCGAGGUGUCAUCACUGCGCAAAAAUACGUCUUGUGCCAGUACAACGUUCAACGAAACGCCCUCCCAGAUGCAGUCAAAAUUACCCCUGGAAAGCGAGCACCCACGAUCAACGCCUUGGAGGAGGAAGGCUGGGUAGCUGUUAGUUCAAUGGUCGAAAAGAAGAAGAUCGCUGUGGUCAUGGAUGAUUUGACGGCCGUUGGAGCAACAGAUAUCUUGAUUCUUGAUAUUGCAAACACGAGAGCCGGAUGA